UUUAAAAAUUCCGUCUAAUCCUGAAAAAUUAAAUUUAUUGGGUCACUCCCAUUCAAUUUUCCCUUGAAGCUCACUUGCAACACUAAUGACGGUGGAUGGACUUGCAGGCUUGGAGUGCUUGCAUUACCAACUUUGGCGUCCAGGUGGCGCCAGAGUACAAGAUAUUAAAAAGCCCAACGCUCAUUAAGGCUUUGAACGCAUCUCCGCACUCGUUAAAGAAGCCAAAUAACAAGCAGGGAGUCGAUUCGGAGGUGGGGGGUGGGGGGGUGCUGCCACAGUGACCGAGAAGCCCCCCCCCCCGUGGGUUUGGCGCGCCUGAUGAAUCCCUGGUUGUCGUCCCGACUCGGGGACGGUCGAACCGCGAUGUGGGGGGGGGGGGGGGUUCCAAACUGAAAUAGAUUUUUCCGUGAGCCUGGCUGACAUCAUUGCGUCUGGAGAUGGAUGCGUAGUAGCUCUCCCCUCCUCCAUACCUCCACCGCCCCCCCCCCCCUCCCCAAUCGCUCACAUCCACUCGGAGUGUGCUGCCUCUUAAUGACGGCUGGCGGGAGGCGGGUUGUGGGCGUGAAGCAAAUAGUAAAGGGGCGCAUCGGAGAGAGGGACCCAGUGCGCGGGAGAAAGCCGAGCCACGCGCAGGAUCCCGCACCGUCCCUGUUUCCUAACAACCCCCCCCCCCCCCUCCUCCUCGAAGAAAAAAAAAUACAAAAAUAAAUUCCACUGGAUCAAGUUACGUUCCAAGAAGAAGAUGCUGGAGGAAGGAAGAACCCGACCGGAGACCCGGUGCGAAACGGUGAGCCAGCCCGGGCUUGGCGAACCCCGCUCAAAGCAAAUCUUCCCCGGAGUCGUUCGGAUGAAGACGGCGUGAGUGGAGGGGCACUUCGGGGGGGGGGGGGUGGAAGAUGUCAGUGCCGCUGCUCAAGAUCGGCGUGGUGCUGAGCACCAUGGCGAUGAUCACCAACUGGAUGUCGCAGACGCUCCCCUCUCUGGUGGGGCUCAACACCACCAAGCUGACGACGGCGCAGGGAGGCUACCUGGACCGGAGCACCGGCGGAGUGCUGCCGGCAAACCCGGAGGAGUCGUGGCAGGUUUACAGUUCGGGCCAAGACGGCGAGGGUAGGUGCGUCUGCACCGUGGUGGCGCCGCAACAGUCCAUGUGCUCCAGGGAUGCCCGCACCAAACAACUGAGGCACCUGCUGGAGAAGGUCCAGAACAUGACCCAGUCCAUCCAGGUCCUGGACCAGAGAACGCAGAGGGAGCUCCAGUACGUGGAGAAGAUGGAGGUGCAACUCCGCGGCCUGCAGACUAAGUUCAGGCAGGUGGAGGAGAACCACAUGCAGAACAUCGCCAAGCAAUACAAGGCCAUAAAGGCGAAAAUGGAGGAGCUUAGGCCGUUGAUACCGGUGUUGGUGGAGUACAAGGCCGAUGCCAAAUUGGUAUUGCAGUUUAAGGAGGAGGUCCAGAAUCUGACGUCAGUGCUAAGCGGGCUGCAGGAGGAGAUGGGGGCCUAUGACUACGAGGAGCUCCACAGCCGGGUGUCAAAUCUCGAGGAGAGGCUGCGGGCGUGCAUGCAAAAAUUGGCGUGCGGCAAACUGACCGGUAUCAGCGACCCCAUCACCGUCAAGACAUCGGGGUCCAGGUUCGGCUCCUGGAUGACGGACCCCCUGGCGCCUGAAGGAGACACGCGGGUCUGGUACAUGGACGGUUAUCACAACAACCGCUUCGUGCGGGAGUACAAGUCCAUGCAGGACUUCAUGACGUCGGACAACUUCACCUCGCACCGGCUCCCCCACCCGUGGUCCGGGACGGGCCAGGUGGUCUACAACGGCUCCAUCUACUUCAACAAGUUCCAGAGCCACGUCAUCAUCAAGUUCGACUUCCGCACCUCCGCCAUCAGCAAGUCGCGGCAGCUCGACUACGCCGGCUUCAACAACGCCUACCACUACGCGUGGGGGGGCCACUCCGACAUCGACCUGAUGGUGGACGAGGGGGGCCUGUGGGCGGUCUACGCCACCAACCAGAACGCCGGCAACAUCGUCAUCAGCAAGCUGAACCCCAACACGCUGCAGAUCGUCAAGAGCUGGACCACCAACCACCCCAAAAGGAGCGCCGGCGAGUCCUUCAUGAUCUGCGGCACGCUCUACGUCACCAACGGAUACUCGGGAGGCACCAAGGUCUACUACGCCUACUCCACCAACUCUUCCACGUACGAGUACAUAGACAUCGCCUUCCAGAACAAGUACUCGCACAUCUCCAUGCUGGACUACAACCCGCGGGACCGCGCCCUGUACGCCUGGAACAACGGGCACCAGGUGCUCUACAACGUCACGCUCUUCCACGUCAUCCGCUCGGAGGAACUGUAAAAGCGCGGUAAGACGGCGGCGUGCGAUGACGUGUCUGCGAAAGACUGAAUGUACACCGAGGACUUUGGGGGGGGGGGGAGUAUAUAUAUAUAUAUAUCUAAAAAUAUCAGAUUGUUAGAUUCCACAGAUAAAAUUUGUAUAUUUCAACAAAAGAUUGUACUACGACUGUACUAGCUAGCCAAUAGUUACCAUUUUCUAGUUGCCAUCCGUUUUUUUUUUUGGCAGUUCGGAAUGAAAACCUUUGUUGAACCAUGUAGAAAAUGAUUGUAAAACUAGACAUAUAUAUAUAAAAGAUAGAAAUACGUGUAUAUCAGAUUUCAAAUCGUACAAAACGACAGAUGCCAAAAAAAGUCAAAAAGAAAAAACAUGCCUUCCCCCCCUCCA